GAAUACACGGAGAAAGAGCAGGCCUGUGCAGACCCUUCAGGGCCCCCUGUACGCAGCAUCAGUGCCUACCUCCAACAACCACUGGAGAGGAUCCAGAAGUACAAGGCUUUCCUCAAGGAGCUCAUUCGAAACAAGGCGAGAAAUGGUCAGAACUGCUGCCUUUUGGAAGAAGCUUAUGCAAUGGUGUCUGUGCUCCCUCAGCACUCAGAGAAUACCCACCAUGUCUCCAUGAUUGAGAACUAUCCUGCCACACUAGAAGUGCUGGGAGAACCAAUUCGACAGGGACCCUUCCAAGUGUGGGAGGGAGCGCCUGGAAUUAGAACGUCCACUAGAGGUCACCACCGCCAUGUCUUCCUCUUUAGAAACUACUGUAUAAUCUGCAAACCAAAGAGAGACAGCAACACUAAUACACAAGCAUAUGUCUUUAAGAACAUGAUGAAG